UCAAACUCAUCAAAGCGACUUCACUGCAGCAUUACGUCUCAGGUCCGCUCUCGAGUCUCAACACGCCAACCCUUUUGCGAGAAAGCCAAGCAGUAACGAAGAAAACAACCCUAUGAUUGCACACAAAAAUUAUUAACAUCAAAACCCAAUAGAGUGAGUAAACGAAGACGAGGAUCGAUUGAAGGAUUGCAGCUGAGAAAAUGUAUAACAGAGGGAGAUAUUUUGAUGCUGCUGAUGCCCGGGAAAUGGGCCUGAAAAGGCAACGCAUAAUGGAUCAGGGCCCUUCUUAUUACUCGGCUCCGCCAGGGCCUACUUAUAUGUAUAAUCCUCCUCCUGCUCUUCCUCCACCCGCAGCCCCUCCAACUGAUUUUUCUUAUAUUGGCCAGCCUCCACCUUUCUCUGUUGUUCGACUUCGUGGACUUCCAUUUGGGUGCACCGAGGGUGAGAUUGUGGAGUUCUUGCAUGGCUUGGAUGUAGUUGAUGUGCUUCUUGUCCACAAGGGUGGAAAGUUUACAGGGGAAGCUUAUUGUGUUCUGGGAUAUCCUCUUCAAGUUGAUUUUGCACUUCAGAGGAAUAGGCAGAAUAUUGGCAGAAGAUAUGUUGAGGUUUUCAGAAGCAAGAAGCAAGAAUAUUAUAGGGCUAUAGCAAAUGAGCUUUCAGAUUCUCGUGGUGGCUCAACUGCGAGGGCACGAUCCUCUGAAGAUGGGAGAGACUUAGCAGAACAUACUGGAGUAUUACGGUUGAGGGGACUGCCUUUCUCAGCUAAAAUGGAAGAUAUUGUGGAUUUCUUCAAAGAUUUUGUACUUGCAGAAAACUCAAUUCAUAUAGCUGCUUAUUCGGAGGGGAGGCCAACUGGAGAAGCAUUUGUGGAGUUUGCGAAUGCAGAAGAUUCACGAGCUGCAAUGGCUAAGGAUAGGAUGAAAAUAGGGAAUCGCUAUAUUGAGCUUUUCCCCUCAUCUCAUGAGGAGUUGGAGGAAGCAACUUCCAAGUGCAGAGUGUUGGAUAAAGCAUCAGACGGGAGUGAGCAGACUGAAGUUGCCACAGGUGUUCUACGGAUGAGAGGACUACCGUUUUCAGCUGGAAAGGACGAUAUUAUUGAAUUCUUCAAAGAUUUUGUUUUGUCAGAGGAGACGGCGGUUCAUGUUACUUAUAAUCAAGAAGGGAGGCCAACCGGAGAAGCAUUCGUGGAGUUUGCCAGUCCUGAGGAUGCAAAAGCAGCCAUGGCAAAGGAUAGGAUGACUCUUGGAAGGCGUUACAUUGAGCUUUUCCACUCCUCGCCUGAGGAGAUGAAUGAUGCUCUUUCAAGGGGGCGGUAACUAACUUAUAUAUAUAUUUGUGUGUUGUAAGUGAAAGAAUCUUAAAUUUUGUAGGAUGCAGUGCAAUUUCGUCUUAGGUUUGAACAAAGUUUCAUGGUUUUCGUAGAACUUGAAGCUCCCUUUUUUUUUCUUUUUUUUUUUCGAAUUCUUAUGCUGGUUUUUUUUAUCCUCCUGUAUAAAUCUAUAUAUUUGACAUGUUGUUCAUUGCCUUUGAUUAUUGCUCAUAAUCCCCUGACUUAUCAGGUGGAGAUUUGA